AUGCUUGAUUCAAAUAUACGACAGCACGAGCAAUCUAAAAUUCAAGUUGCUAAAUCCAAUCAAAAUGUUGUCAAAAUAUUGAUUAAUUGUGCACGUUAUUUAUCAAGACAAGAUCUCGCAUUUCGACGUAAUAAAGAAGAAGAUGGUAACUAUAUCCAACUUGUUCAUCUUAUGUCCAAAUAUAAUCCACUUAUUCAACAUUGGUUAGCUGAUAAAGCUGAUAGACCAUAUCAAGUAACAUAUAUGUCAAAAGAUUCACAAAAUGAAUUCAUUAAUUUGAUUGGUGAAGCAGUUCUUGGUAAGAGUUUAAGUGAAGCUAAAAAAGCUCGCCAUUACUCGUUAAUGGCCGAUUCAACACCUGAUUCAAAUCGACAAGAGAUGUUUAGUGUGUUUAUUAGAUAUGUGGAUGAAAAUUUAAUUCCAAAAGAACGAUUGAUUUCUAUAAAAGAACCAACUGCAAAAACCGGUGAUGCACUUUCUAAUCAUAUUUUGGGUGUUAUAAAUGAAAGUGGGUUAGAUCCACAUCGUUUAAUCUCACAAUCAUACGAUUGUGCGAAAAACAUGAGCGGAUGUUUUCAAGGUGUACAAGCUCAAAUAACCAAAAAAUUAGGACGUGAAAUUAUAUAUGUACCAUGUACAGCUCAUCGUUCAAAUACAUCAUUAAAAAUUGCUUGCGAAGCAAGUUUAGAUGUUAAAUGUGUCGUUGAUGUAUUACAAAUGAUUUAUAAUUAUUUUACUUGUAGCACAAAAAGAUAUAACGUGCUUAAGGAAAAGUAUGCAUCUAAUUCAUUCGCCUUAAUACCAAAAACAACUGGUGCAACCCGAUGGAAUUCAAAAUAUGAAUCGUUUAAGGCAGUUUAUGAAUCCUAUGGUGAGAUUCUACAAGCAUUAGAUCAUAUUACAAAUGAUGAUGAACAUUUUGAUAGUGAUACACGAACAGAAUCACGAACAAUUACAAAAAAUAUGAAAUCAUUUAAUUUUAUUACAUACUCAGUAUUCGUGAAAAACCUAAUGUCAACAACCAAUGCUCUCACUUGUGAUUUUCAAGAAGAGAAAUUGGACUUAGUAACAGCUACUAAAACUUUACAAAAAACAAUAAUACUGUUACAGUCAGAACGAAAUGAUGAUGAUAAUUUAAAUCGUAUUCUGGAUAUUAGUGGAAAUGAUGCAAUUGUUAUCAGUGAAAUGGUGGGUGUUAAUGAUCCACAAUUAUUAUUCAAAGAAAUAAAACUGUUUGCACUUGAUAUUAAUGAACAGUGUGAUACUAUUUCAAAGGCAGCACAAUUUAUUGUUGAACGAAAAGAAGUUAUUCCACGUUUAUAUCAAGCUUAUAGUUUUCUUUUAACAUUACCAGUUACCGUUGCAAGUAACGCGCGAGGAUUUAGCAAAUUAAAAAUUAUAAAAAACAGAUUACGAUCAAGAAUUGAUGAUGAUCGUUUGCAAUCAUUAUUAUUAUGUCCUAUUGAAACUGAUCUACUUGAUGAAUUGACUGAUGAAGAACUAAUUGAAAGAUGGUUGAAGAACAAGUGUGGACGUCGUAUUUAA